CCUGGUUUAGGAGGACAAUCAUUUGUGUGAACUGCAGCAGAGGAGCUGGGGACUCAGGCAAGCAAAACGUUUCAUCCAUUAGAAGAUGUCUAUGCUGAAUGCGCGUUCCGUCCUGGUGACUGGGUCCAACCGGGGCAUUGGCUUAGAACUGGUCAAGCAGCUGGUGGAGAAAAGCAACAGGCCAGAAUGGAUCUUUGCCACUUGUCGGGACCCAGAGGGACCAGGUGCUCAGGCCUUGAAGAAUUUGGCUGCCAAGCAUGAGGGAGUGGUUAUCAACCCACUGGACACUUGUGAGCCUAACAGCAUCAAGGCUGCUGCAGCCAGAGUCACUGAGUGUCUGAAAGGAGCCGGGUUGAAUCUUCUGAUAAACAAUGCUGGGAUUGUAAGGCCAGCUUCUAUGGAAGAUGAGACACCAGAGAGUAUGUCUGAGGUGUAUAGGACCAAUGUGAUUGGGCCCAUGGUAGUCACUCAGGUAAGGCUAUCCCUGGAUACAUGCUUCUUCACAGACAUUCCUCAGCAUGUUGUAGAGCUCUUAAGUUAUGGAGAACAGAAUGAUUUAUGCAAGUGUUUUCUGGUGAUGAGUUCAUUGUUUGCAGAGUGUUUUUUUGUUUAGUUUUUUCACUUGAGCAGUAUAGAAAUUUCAUGAAAUAAAUUGGCUUGAUUUCUCGAAUGUACAGGACCUUUAACAGCUGAACGAAAGACAGAUGUUCAACUGACACUGAUGCAGCAGUGGAUGGGCUGGACUGUUGUUUUGCUUCAGUGAUGGACUGAAUGAGAGCCAACAAACUGAAGCUCAAUUCAGAUACAACUUAGGCACUGUUAGUGGAUAAUUCCCUAGACCAGAAGAAUGGGAGGGGGGCAGCUCUUGAUGGGGUUACACUUCCUCUGGAAGGAGCAGGUAUGUAGCUUGGGGGUACUCCUUGAUCCAUUGCUGUCACUUGAGGCUCAUGUGGGGCUGCCUC